CUCAACUGAGCUCAGCCAGAGCUCAGCUGUGAAUUGCAGAAAGUUUCUGGCACCCUGCACAGGCUAAGCUGCAAGCAGUCGAUACAGCUGCAGUGCUGCUUUGCAAGUACAUAGAUCCUGUUGAGGAGACGGGGCCAAUGGCAAGGGACGCUCCAUUCCUGCAUUCAUGAGCUGUAUUGGGUCUCAGCGCCCGUCUAAUACCAAUUGCAGCCAACUCUACCCACAAAGAGCAAAGAGCAAAGAGCAAGACCUUGUGGCCUAAAGAUCUGCUACAUCCGCCUUGUGUUUCUGAUCUGCACAGAUUUCCGUGGCCAUGACAGGUCCAAGUGCGUACAAGGUGCCCAUGACACACGCAUCGAGAAAGAAGCCCACUGGAAAAGCUGGCGGCAGUAUAUUGCGGCAGUUGGUGCCAAUCAAUGGAGCGGCGCCCAGCAAAGUGCACCCAGGGCCAGAAGGGCCGUGCAGAACCCUAAUCUGGAAUGCCAGCCAAUUGUCCUUAGAAUGUGGGGCUCUGGACACUUCAGGCAGUGGGGCUCAGGGGCAGUGCUUCGAAGAAACAGAUGACAGGAAUGCAAAAGCUGGACCAUUGAUUCAGAUCGAUGCAAUUGCAGCUCAGACUGAGAGGGAUCACUUAAAACGAUUGACCCCUGAUAGAACUGAGACAGCCAACGGCCAUGAAGGAAGCGCCCGCUUUGAAUUGGGUUCCAGUGACUCGAGCUCCCAUCGAGAAAGAGUAGCUUCAGCUUCAGCUGGCAGUGACAACCCCUCCUCGAGCCAGCCUACAUGUCACACUGGGCUCGCAGCAUCUGAUAGGAGGAGCUUUGCUGGGCAGGAAAUUGACGCGCCAGUUCCCUUAAAACCGCUAUUGGACGAGUCCGGCAGAACGGCGUCACCGAGUCAGGGCAGUGCGUCAGCAAGUCGAACGGAUGAUUGUGUUGCGGAAGACCGAAGGUUGUUACAGGAUGAUGCAAGGCGAUGGGACCGUGCAGAGAACCUUACCAAGAAGAUCAAACGAAGGAAGGCCAAAACGAAGUUGAGAAGAACGGAGCUUGCAGAGGAAGUUUCUUAAUGCCUGCAGCUAUACGAGAGUCAAAACGUCACUUCAAUCAAUUUUGGAGCUUAGGCUCAAAGCUCACCUUGAACAAGUACUAUGUGAGUAUAUGUCAGAGCUUUGCGCGAAGAAUAGCACUCAUCUGACAUGCCAGCUUUAUUAGGAUUGUAAACAGAUCAUGGAUUAAAAUAGCGUCCUACUGGUGAGGUCUUACAACAAGAGUGUGACGGUCUGACCAGUUUACUAUGUGCUGCGGGCCUUAUCAAACACAGAUGAACUUGGAACUUUAAACAGAUUGAGCUUGUAAAAAUGUCUAUGGUACCUUGGGCACGUCAACCGGAC